AAAGUGCAUAAUCAUACCAACACACAAAACAAGCAAAACCAACAUGUCCUCUAUUUGUAACACAAUCCUUGAUUCUCAGUUCACUCAACAGAAAUGGGUGGCUAAGAUCACUGAAGUUCUCAACCGAGAGCUCGAAAAUGACACUGACGCCCCCGUAUGCAUCUUUCGGGUGCCGAAAUCUCUGCGGGAUCACAAGCCUGAGGCCUACACUCCGCAGCUCAUUGCACUCGGACCAUACUACCAUCUUAAUUCUGAGCUGUACGAGAUGCAAAGGUACAAAAUUGUUUUGGCCAAGAUGUUCAGCGAGCAAUAUCAGCUCGUUGAGAUCCAGCAGCUGGUCGAUCAGCUCAUGACUAUAGUACCUAAAAUUCGUCACUCUUACCGUGGCCGCUUCAAUCUCGAGAAUCAGACACUGGCAAUGAUAUUUACUGUAGAUGGUCUCUUCCUGCUCCAGCUGCUGGACAACUAUGUCAAGCAGAAGGAAAUCCCGCGGACUUCGUCUCUGUCUUCGUCUCUUCUAGUUCAGUCUUCCUCUGGGAAGAAGCUACCUGGGGAUGCCAUCCUUAGAGACGUCCUGAUGCUCGAGAACCAAAUUCCCAGGUUCGUCUUAUUGGAGAUCUUGGCAAAGAUGAGUUGCUUGGGAUCCACUUCACCUGACAAAUUUUUGUCGACCCUGUUUCUGGAUUUCUGCAAGGUGAUCUCUCCAAUUAAAGUGGAGUGGUGCAACCCUGAAUCGGAAGUCUUGGAGCAUGAGCAUUUGUUGGAUCUUCUGUACCAAUACAUUACUUAUGAAGAAGAUAUCAACGAGAAGGAACACCGCUUAACCGAAUACCAUUCCCAGAAAUCAAGGGAGGGUUUUGACAUCGAAGCUAAUUUAAAUACCUCAGCAAAUUCCAACGUCUUUUCCAAACUGUGGAGCAAGAUAUCAGAAAUUAACAUUGGCUUCCUUAGAAUCUUUACGAAAUUUAUAGAUUUGUUUCUGAAUAUUUUAGCACACCUCGGAAUAUCGGCUACGGCCUUCUUUAAUGACAAGAAAGUUUUGAUUCCAUCAGUUUCGGAACUUUGGAUUGCUCAAAUGAGAUUCGCCCCUGCAACGGGCGGCACCAGGUAUGUUGAAUUCAAUGAGAAGACCAACACUUUGUACCUUCCUAUCAUCACUCUCAAUCCCACCUCAGAAGUGCUAAUAAAAAACCUUGUGGCAUACGAAACCAUGGAAAAGUCAGACGCGUUGAGUUUCAGACGAUUCAGUGAGUUAAUGGGGGCAAUUAUAGAUACUGUUGAAGAUGUGGAGUUGCUGAGGAAAUCCAAAGUCCUCGAGAGCAAGAUGAGCAGUGCUGAGAUUGCAGAGAUCUUUAACGGGAUGACCAAAACAAUGGAGUCGAAGGAUAGGAUCAUCGACACAGCCAUCAAGAAGGCUAAUGCUUCCUACAACAACACCCGAAAGGUCCGGCAAAAAAGGUUCCUGAAGAAGUACAUAUACUCCUCCUGGAGGUUUCUUACAGUUUUUGCAUCCGUGCUGCUGCUAUUGCUGAUGGGUCUGCAGACGUUUUGCAAUGUCUAUAGCUGUCCUACCAUGUUCGGCAGAGCUGUGAAAGCAUGAUCAUGAACUUAUCUACACUUUCCUAAUGCGUGCUCCCUGCAUUGACAGUUUAAUUUCGGUACUUGUUUCAGGAUUCGGGUUUGCUGUUAGAUCUAAUCUGCUCCUUGCACUAGUUCUUAACAAUAAACUAAAUUUCCAGUA